GCCGAUUCUUCGUGCAGGGGGAGUGAGCCCCGCAAGCGAGCACCUGGAUCGGGGGAUCGGUUGAUCCAGAAGUCGUGAACCGAGCAAAACCAGUUCGAUAGGUGCCAGCCGUGUCGAGCAGGUCGAACCGGCGGCUGCCACUCCGAGUAUACUCCGAGAGGUAUCCUCCGUUUCCCAUUCUCGAAACUCUAUCGCGAAUUUGACCGUCGCGACGUAUGAUACCUCGUGUCUACCGAGUGGGUGCCCCGAGGUCGGUCGAAGGGCGUUCUCCAAAGCUUGCGGAGGUUGCAAGGUCACACAGAUGAGACGAGGAGGCGCCGGGCGCAGGAGACACCACUCGACAGGCUUCGACCACGUGGCCGCAGCUGUUCAUCGGGAAUUCACGAUCGAGGCUACGAGAUCUGGAUUUGACUAACAUCAACAGGUGGAUCUCGUGGACAGCGCAGAGAAUCUAAUUCAACGAUAACAUCAUCAAGGGAAGAUGAUGUAUCGCCGUGCUAUCUGACAACUUGAAGGAAUUUUGUAGCAAAGUUGCAGCAAAAACAGAAGGGCAACAGCAGCCGUGGUCCAUCGAGCGGUGUCAGUCAAGAUGUGCGACCGGCGGAAACAGGCCUGGACCGCCGUUAUCAUCGGCAAUGUGUUGAUCCAUACCGUUGUUAUCGCCAGCCCGAUCUAUGUUCCUCAAUUUCAACCAGGAAACACGGGAAGAAACAUCAGACACUUGCCCUGCGUGUCGCGCAGGAGCGGUGAGACCGGUGUGUGCAUGUUCGCGUUUACCUGCGCGAAGGCUAAUGGCACGCAUCUUGGCACCUGCAUCGAUCGCUUUUACUUCGGUAGUUGUUGCAAGAUUGACGACGAGCCGGACAUCUUCCCGCAGGACAACAGCAUCGACGACGGCCCGCCGCCACCAAGGCCGUUCAUCACGACCCACAGGCCCAUCGGGAGCAGCAGCAUACCGGAGUACUUCACGAGGACUAAGCCGGCCGAUGAAAAGAAACCAGUCGAGGCUUCGCAAAUCACGACGACAUCUGCAGUCUUAAAUACGCAGAGCACGCAGACUUCAGCAAGUACGAUGAGAGACACGACGAAGCUCGUGACAAAAAAGCCAACGAUUACGACGAUAGAAAUGACUACGCAAACUACUCGCCUCUCGACGUUCCAAACCGUGCAAAACGCUGCCGGACCUAGCACGCAGGCCACGUUGCUGAAGAAACCUAGCAGCACUGUAAAUAUUCCAUCAACUAUAUCAUCAAGUACAACGAGACAACCUACAAAACCAUCCACUUUGAUAUCCACCCUAAAACCUAGCACGGCGAAUGUAUCAAAACUGACGACAGCAUUUUUGAAAGAGACUACGAAGACACCUGUUGUUUCCUCGACAACAGCGCAGAGACCAACGGUGCACACCUCCCAGAAACCAUCCUCUUCGAUUACUCACAGGCCGAUUCUUCAGUCCGAAACUACCACAGUUCCGACAAAGAACGUUCUCGCGACUACUACGCAGAAAAUAGUGCCUUCGACUAGAUUCCCGCCAAGAAAUACGACAUCGGUCAAACCGCUGACUCAGACGACCUCGAAGAAACCUAGCACUAAAAGACCAGCAUCAUCUAGCACCAUCGUGACUACGAAACGACCAGUGGUGACCACAAAGAAACCUACUACAUUGACAAAGAGACCGUCAUCUCCUUCAAAGCCUCUCACGAAUUCCAGCUUUGGCACUACUCUGCCAGUGACGACAAAGCCUCCUCACUCAACAUCCGGAUCGUUCAGCAGCAUCGGAUCUUCCAGUGUAAGUGUCGACAAAGUAACGGAAAGUACUUUAGCCUCCACUGGGAUUAGACCAACGACUGCAACGACAGCAAUUACAAACGCAAGCAGUCAGAGGACCACCGUUACGACGAAGAGCCCAGAUCAGAAAGUGUCUAUCACAAAAACGACGACACCGAAGACGACCUCCAAGACGACAACGAAAUCAUCGACGAUCACGACAACCACUGUUAAACCCACAACGGCUAAAACAACAAUAAGCAGAUUAACCACGCCUAAACCAUUAUCAUCGACUACGACAAAAUUGAAACCCACUAAGGUCACUAGCACGACAACGAAAACGACCAAACCAGGAUACACGAGCACUACGACGACUACGGAAAAAACAAGACCGUUGUCAUCAACUAUCGGUUCAACAGUUGGCAUUACGAAACCAAGACCCAGCACAACGAAACCAACACCCUUGACCAAGCUUCCCGCAAACACAUCCAGCAUCGUGGAGGUCACCACAAGCAUUUCGAGUUCGAUAUCCACGUUUACCGUUAGGAACGAGAGCACCUCGACCCAAGUAUCUCCUACCAAGGGUCAAAAUGUUAAUCACACCCUCGAGGAGAUCCCGUUGACUACCUAUUCGCCAGGAUUAGUGACGUGGAGCUCCAACUCCGAUGAAGUUUCUACGAAGGCAUCCAACGAAACGUCUACGUCAACGUCAACGAGUACUUCGUCAGCAGCGGGAACUGAUUGGUCGCCGAUAACGACUCCAGAUGGUUGGAUAAUGAUUCAGUCACCUACUACCGAAAAAUUACCGCAGACUCAAGAGUCGACGACCGAACCGGUUGAGGAAUUCACCAUACAGUCUUUGACUUCUGUUAAACCGAUAACGGAAAGCACUGUCGUCCCCGACACUACGAAGAAACCAACGAUGACUACACUGCUGUCAACGAUCCCCGGCGUUACGAUCGACAUGGAACUUCCGGUACCGAUGGAGACCCUCAAUAUGUCGGACUACAAACAAGUGUGCGGACGGAGAUUGUUCCCGGAGCCGAAAAUCGUCGGCGGUGAUCGGAGUUCCUUUGGAAAGUGGCCUUGGCAGAUCUCAUUACGUCAAUGGAAAUCGCAGACAUAUCUACACAAAUGCGGCGCCGCAUUAUUGAACGAGAACUGGGCUAUUACCGCGGCGCACUGUGUCGAAAACGUGCCACCAAGCGACCUAUUGCUAAGGAUUGGCGAACAUGAUUUGUCGAAUGAAGACGAACCGUACGGAUAUCAGGAGAGACGAGUACAGAUUGUGGCAAGCCAUCAGCAAUUCGAUGCGCGUACAUUCGAAUACGAUCUUGCUCUUUUGCGAUUCUACGAGCCCCUUGUGCCCUUCCAACCGAACGUCUUGCCUAUCUGCCUGCCCGAUGAUGAUGAAACCUACGUUGGUCGUACUGCCUACGUUACUGGCUGGGGUCGACUUUACGACGAGGGACCACUACCAACUGUGUUACAAGAGGUUGCAGUACCAGUUAUCAAUAAUACCGUAUGUGAAGCAAUGUAUAGAAACGCAGGUUACAACGAGCAUAUUCCACAUAUAUUUAUUUGUGCCGGUUGGAGAAACGGCGGAUUCGAUUCUUGUGAGGGUGACAGCGGCGGCCCGAUGGUAAUUCAAAGAGCGCGAGAUAAGCGAUGGGUCCUUGCUGGGAUCAUUAGCUGGGGAAUCGGUUGUGCUGCGCCCAAUCAGCCUGGAGUUUACACGCGCAUCUCGGAAUUUCGCGAUUGGAUCAAUCAGAUCUUACAGUUCUGAGCAUAUUGGCGAAAGGGAAUGUUUGAAAUUCGCGCUUUUGCAUCGCGCCGACUCCUAUGGACGUUUGUAACAAUCGCCAAGCGGACGGACGGCACCAUCUGCCGGAGCUGUGAGCCAAGUGCAAUUUAGUGGAAAAGAAUCUUAAGAAAUCCCAGCGGGGAUUCACAGAGAUCUGUGCGCGUGUUGCGAACUCGGAAGACAUGUGGAGCCACUGAUUUGAUAUUCGUGUGUGAAGCCGCGACGUACGCGCAAUUUCCCGGGCAAAUCCGAUGUGUUACAAUGUAGUAAAAGGACAAAAAGCGGUAUCGAUUUCUGAUAUCGGAAACACGGUGAAUACCAGUGAUAAGCACACCGGACCUUAAACAACAAAAAAAACAAAAAAAAAAUCGAAAUUUUCGAUAAACAUAGAUUCUUUUACCUAGAAUCCAUUAAAAAUAUUUUCAGGACACGGCGUUACUUUUAAAAGUAAAUUAUUCUUUUAAAUAUCUAUGAAAGCUGUUCAGUACUAAUUUCUUAAGUUUUCUUCUUCUACCAAACAUGUGUUAAUUAUUACUUUCUAAUGUGUUCAAUUUGCUCAAAGCCGAUAUAAUGAAUACAUAUAAAAGUGCAUAUGAUUGCAUUAAUUAAUAGCUCUACAAAGAAAAGUUAUUAGUUUAAUAAUACAAAAAAUAUGCAAUUUAAAUACAUUUAUUGAAUAUCCAUUAUAACUUAGUUAUUUGGAAAAUAACAUUUAACUUCGAAUUCAAAUAAAUUUAAUAAUGUAAAUUAAAAAUACUGUAAUAUAUUUAAUUCAAGAUAUUUAAUAAAAAAAUAAUUUAUAGACAAUUUAAUUCAACUUGGAACGAAAUUGUUAUUCGACAUUUAAAAAUAUUUAUAAUGUAAUAUUCUGUAUACCUUCUUAUUUAAAGCAAUUAAUCGUGAUACUACUAUGAUUCAGAAUUUACAUAUUUUUAAACAAACAUUUACAAGAGAAAUAAAAAAAUAUAUAUAUAGAAUAAGCUUUUGAAUCACAGUGUGCGCAAAAAUUUUCUGUGUCAAUAUCGAACAACAAACUACAAUAUUGUCUUCUACAAUAUUGUCAACAAAUACUUGAAAAAAAACACUGUCAAAUAAAUAUAAUUUAUAAAAAUUGUAAUUUUUUAAAUGAAUUUUCCAACUUUUACUUAUCGAUAAAUAAUUAGAGUAUCAAACUCUUCGUUAGCUUUCUAAACAUUUUUACACAAAAGUUGUGAUAUUUAGGUGAGUUCGCCCGUAUGCAAUAAUAUUUAAAUUUCAAAUAUAAAUAGUUGGGCGUGCGCAGAAUAAACAGAAUAUUUCAAAGUCGUUGAACUAGAAAAAAAUCGAGUCCAAAUUUCUCAGAUUAUGUAAAAUUCUAUUCAAAAUUAUUUUAAAAUAAAUAUAAAUAUUUAGAUAAAGCGAAUAAUCAGUAUGCACUAUAUGUACGUAUCAUUUAUCAAUUGUUCAAAAGAUUCAUUAUCAAUAUCUGCGAUAUAAUCGAGUUGCAACUGUUAUUGUGAUUUAAUUUUCUACGCUGAUGUCAAUCACAUGCAGUUUCCUCGUUAUGAAUUUACAUAGCAAUUCCCAACGAAUUCCAAUAGGAAUUUCAGUGCAUUCUUCGAAGCUCAUGAAUAUUCUGUUAUCCCGAUUGAUCUUGGGAAGAAAUGAAGGGAAAUGCGACCAACUUCAUAAAUUCUGUCUCUUUCUCUUCCUUUCUGUGACGAGCACUUCACUUCGUAGUUACUUGAGAAUAGUCUCAAGUGAAAAUGAAUUGACGGUGCGCUGAGAUAAAUGGUAAAAAACGUGCUCAUUAAUCUUAAUUGCUCGUUUUGUGAGCCAUCAAGCGAUUUGUUAUAUACAUUUUGAUUUAAAGAUUAUACUUGACGUAAAUUGUUAAAUUUUAAUCCAAUCAAACCAGAAAAAUCGGGAAAACAAAUGCACUACUACCACGAGAUACACAUGUACCAAUAUUAUUUAAUUUAAUUUAUAAAAAAAAUCUAUAUCUAUAAAUGCAUAGACUAUUUUAUAUAUAAAUAUGUACACAGCGACAUACGUGCGCAUAUGCGUGUAUUUAACCGCGCACGUAUUUCAGAAUGGGAUUUGUGAAGAAAUAUUUUGCAUCGUGCUUUUUAAUGAUGUUUGUCGGAACGCCUUAAUUAUACAGAAACACCUCACACAAUCGACAUGUCGAUUUAAUGCAAUAUUUUUAUGUUCGCGAUUACCCGAAAAGUACAUCAUGUCGUUCGCAUUAUCGCGCGGGAGAUGUUUCUACCUUAAUUGAAGGCGUCGAUAAAUGUCACAGCGCAAAGUAAUGCAAUCGGAAUAACGCGUUUCCGUUAUACAUGUAAAUAUUCGGUAUCGAUCGGAUUGUGGCGCGGCAGAUUCUCACAUCUAUCCGCCUUUUUCAUCUCUCGCCGCCACGUCCGCCUUUGUACUUAUCAGACGAGCAUUAAAAAGCGAUUGUUCGCAUCCACAAAAC